AUGGAUGUUCUUGGCACGGCUCGUGCCUAUAUCAAAGAGAUGGUGAAUCUAGCUGGACCUCCAAAUGAAACUUACCUCGCUCUUCAUACCAUACUUUCAGACUACAUAGUUUCUUGUGCCUUUGCACAAUCGGAAAUGAUGCAGAAAGAGGUGUACCUAUUCGAACGUUUGGAUUCGUCAGUACCAAGAGAGCCUAUCAAACACCUUAAAUGUCUUGUAUUUGUUCGGCCUACACCAGACAAUGUACAGUUAUUAUCCACAGAGCUACGAAACCCAAGAUACGCACAAUAUUAUAUUUAUUUUUCAAACAUCGUUAGCAAAACUGAUCUGAAGGCAUUAGCUGAGGCAGAUGAGCACGAGGCUGUCAGAGAAGUUCAUGAAUUCUUCGUUGAUGGCAUUGCUUUGAGUGCACCGUUAUUCAGCGUAAACUUGAAACAUAUCUAUGAUCAGACUUUCAAUGUAACGGCCUCCUCGUUCCUUCGCAUCAAGCAAGCGCUUGUUGCUCUGUUGCUAAGUCAAAAGAAGAAACCCUUGAUAAGAUAUCAGCGUUCAUCGGAAGAUUGCAAACGGCUGGCCGAAGAUUUGAACCAGGUUAUGAGGCGAGAAGAGGGCCUUUUCGACAAUGCCAAGCGCGACGCGGUCUUGUUGAUCGUGGACCGUAGCGAAGAUCCGGUAACCCCGUUAUUGAAUCAGUGGACUUAUGAGGCUAUGGUCCACGAAUUGAUCACCAUUAAUAACAACAGAGUAACUGUAGAUGGCCAAAGACGAAUGAUGCCAUGCAAAAGCAGUGCGAGCAUUACUACGGUAUUGGAGGAGCGCCUCGGAGAAAGAGUCCAGUUUACUCAUAUUCACAAGAAAGAUACAGCGGUGAAGAAAGAGCGGAUCUUUCUCUUCGGUGAGGGUUCAACAAUGGGAAUGACAAAAAGAUUUAUAAAGGGUUUAAAAGGCGUUGAAAAUAUCUACACACAACACGAACCAUAUCUCAAGGACAUAGUUGAAAAUACUGUCAAGGGACGAUUGUCAGAGCAACAGUAUCCGUACGUAUCAGGAGAUGUGACGGGCGGUCGACAAGAAAACCUGAUUGUAUUCAUUGUUGGCGGAGCCACCUUCGAAGAGGCGUUGUUCGUUCGAUCCCAAAAUGAGAAGCGAAUGCAAGGAGGUGGUGGUCCAUCAAUCACUCUUGCUACGACAUUCAUGCACAAUACAACG